GAAGAGGAGGAGGAAAAGAGGGAGAAGAAGGGGGAAAGGAAGGAGAGAGAGAAGAAAGGAGGAAAGGAGGAAGAAGAAGAGGAGAAGGAAGAAGAGGAGGAGGAGGAGGAAGAGGAGGUAGCCUGUGAUGUAAGGAGGGAAAGACUCUGUGUUAUUGAUGUUGUUAAUUAG